GACCAGUGAACCGCCCGCAGGCGCGCUGCCGAAAGCCGCCUGCCUGCCGUGCUUGGGGCGGCAAAAAACAUAGAGCCGCCCUUGGUUCUCCUGACCCCUAAUGUGUAUGUAACUGUUCAGGUCUUGCCAACUUGUGCAAAUGUAUUGUGAGUAAUGAAUGGGAUUGUGAUUGAAGCCUCUAAUGUAGAAUCUUUUGAUUAAAAAAAAACAAUUAAAGUUGCGGUCCUGUUGUUCUAGGUGCUGUAUACUAAUAAGAGGCAGUCUCUGCCUCAGAGAGCUCAUAAUCUAGCGGUGCUAUAUUCUCUACUAAUGCAGAUCUCCUCCCAGUAGAAGGGUUGGGUAGCUUUAAUAUUGAGGGGCAGUGCAUUGCAGCAAACACUCAGGGUGGCCAGUUCAUGUGAAAUUUCUAUGACUCUUAUAACUUCACUUCAUCUUAGCAGCCACUUGCAAACUUGCUAGCAGCUGCCUUUCAGCUCAGUAUUUCUGACUAUGGCCUCUACAGGCCUCUGUUGGCAACCAAGCAGGUGGCUUUGGAGCGCAGGUUCCUCUGUGAGACACCCUGGCUCCCUGAAGAGCUUCUACCGUGUUCCUUGCUUUGUACGCAGUGAGGGAGUUGCCAGCCGGCCGGGCAGAAGCAGCAGCUCCCUUGCAGUUUAAUGUAAUGACAGGGAGGGUGGGAUGGAAAAGUGAAAGCAAUGGGGAUGUAUAGAGAUAGAGGAGAGUGACCUUUACUUCCCUCCACCGGCACGAGAGGUGCUCUGUGCUGACCUCUGCUGCGAAACUGUGUGAGGGACAGGGGCCUUAGGAGGAGCGGGACAGGGGAAAAGGUGCCAGCACCCAGAUCAAGGUGUAUAUGGCAGGUAAUUAGGGAGAGAUCCCCAGGGGAUUCUUAAGGUGAGCAUAGGAGGAUGCUGGGGAGAGUGCCCCUCCUGUCUGUCAGGAGGAAGAGGAGGGUAUUUCCGUGUGUGUGUUUCAUGUACAUAUCAGGGUGGUCUUUCUGUACUGAAAUAUAAAAUCAGAAGACAGACUGAAAAUUAAAUAUGACAUACCCUACUUCGUUAGUGCCCCUGAGGGUUCAGUCAUACUUGGGAAUGCUUGAUGGGGGACACGUAAUGAUUUUUAAGUUAGUCUCAUGAGUUUUUGUUUGUGUUCUUGUUGUGCCCCUUUGGGGGUUGUUAAUAGGAAAUACUCGAUGGCGAUGUAACGAGGUGUGAUACUGACUGUUUUAAUGGCCAUGAGCAGGGUCCUUAAGCCUGCCAUCAUCUCUGGAUGGAACGAGAGGAAGAGCUGUGUGCUCCAGUUCUCCAGGACUCCGAGAAAAGGGAGAUCCUCUUUGGGGCCUCCACAGGAGACAGUGAGAGUGUGAAUGAGAAUGAGGAGAAGAACCCCCAGGAAGAUAGUCCUGAGAAUGUGGAACAGUAUGGGACGAUAUCAGAGGGGUUUGAAGAGAAUGUCUUCCAGAGCCCUGAUGAGGAGGAGGCCUAUGAGGGCCAGUACAUGUCAGAAACACAGCAGGGAGACCUUCCUGGUAAGAUACUGGGUAACUCCGUUCAUCCAGAAAGAGAUUUGGAGGCUCUCCAAGGUAUCAUCAUCCACCAGAGAAUUCCUAUAGGGGAGCGACCCUAUGUAUAUACUGAAUGUGGGGAGGGCUUCAGUCAGAGCUCGAACCUUACACAGCAUGAGAUAACACAGACAGGAGAGAAACCUCAUAAAUGUACUGAAUGUAACAAAAGUUUCAGCUGGCGCUCAGACCUAAUUAAACACCAGAGAACCCACACAGGCGAGAAACCCUACAUAUGUAGUGAAUGUGGGGAAAACUUUAGUGUGAGCUCUCACCUUUUCACUCACAAGAGAACCCACACAGGAGAGAGACCCUUCCAUUGUAACGAAUGUGGGAAAAGCUUCAGCCGGAACUCUCACCUUAUUAACCACCAAAGAAUCCACACCGGAGAGAAGCCCUUUGAAUGUGCUCAGUGUGAGAAGAGCUUCAGUGAUUUCUCAACACUUACCCAGCACCAGAGAACCCACACAGGUGAGAAACCCUACGUAUGUGUUGAAUGUGGGAAAAGCUUCAUCCAGAGCUCACACCUCGUCAGGCACCGGAGAAUCCACACAGGAGAGAAACCCUAUAAAUGUGCUGAGUGUGGGAAAAGCUUUCGAUACAAGAGUCACCUUGCCCAACACCAUAAACUCCACAUGGAGUAGAAAGCACAGCCAUGAGAGCCCCUGUCCUGCUCACAGAAACUGAUGCAUAAAUUAUUAUUAUAUGGUGUGAUGACAUCGAGAAGGAACUACAAAGGGAGGGGGCACAUUCUUUGUGCAAGUAGAUUGUUCUAGGAUGGAUGGGGGGUGCUGAGUGUUGGAAAUGAGUUUGAUGUUGAUAGGAAUCAAUCAUUUGCGUAUCGGGGGGAACAAGGAGAGAGAGGCAGCUGGGGGAGUUGAUCAUUUGGGGUUCAGAGGGCUGGGAGGUGGGAGGAAUUAGGGCACUGAGGGAAUUUGGUGCUAAGGAACAUUGUUUGAAGUACAGCAAAAUAGAGGGACGAGGGGAAAUAUAUAUCUCAUUGUCUUAUUAAGAAGUCAAAAAUGAUAAAUUAGGCUCCAAGACAGAUACCUGGCUCAUAAGAUGUCAGAGCCAAUGUCCUGGGAAAUGCCUCACUUACUGAACUGAGGAAGACAAAGUGCCCUUUGUUCUCUCUGGCACUGGCUCCAGCAAUGGUUUCCUCAUUUUAGAUUUUAUUUAUUUGUAGCUGCUAUUUUAGGAGCUCAGUUAAAUCUGGGCAAAAAUGUCCCAGUUUUCUGGUACAUGUUAUAAUAUCUAGUUUUCUGUUGUGUUGUGUCUCCGCCUCUGAAAUAAAACUUUUUUUUUUUUU